UUUCCGAUACUGAUCCUCGAACCACAGAAAAUCUACAUGCCGAGCCACGUGUCGAUCCACAUGGACGCGGAGCAAAAGUCGAUCGACAUUUCGAACAUUUGCCAGCAACACGCGAAGGGCAGCUGCCUGAAGUUGCACGACUUCAACUUUCUUGCCAGCCAGAUCAAGUCGGUCAGCCUGUACAAACGGGAUGAACGCUGCGCCUACUUGUACGUCCAUCAGAACUCGGACGAUUUCCAGAUAUACUUCCCGUCCGCCCAGUGCCGCCAAACGUUUUACGACCAAAUCCUGGAAAUGACGUCCGACCAGGGUUCGGGUUUCUUUGAUUUGUCCUCCGCCGACACGACAGCUGACGAGCUGAAGUACGAGUACGAGACAGAUGAUCAAGGACGGCGCAUCAUCCUCGGCAAGGGCUCGUUCGGCAUUGUGUAUGCUGCCCGCGACCUCACCACGCAGGUGAAAAUUGCGGUGAAGGAGGUUCCUGAACGCAACACUCACGACGUGCAGCCACUGCACGACGAAAUCAAGUUACAUUCACAGCUGCGUCAUCGCAACAUCGUCCAGUACUGGGGUUCCAAGUCGGAGGACAACUAUUUCAAAAUCUUCAUGGAGCAAGUGCCGGGCGGAUCGUUGUCGGCGUUGCUGCGAUCCAAGUGGGGUCCGCUCAAAGACAACGAAACAAUGAUCGCGUUCUAUUCGCGUCAAAUACUCGCGGGAUUGAAGUACCUGCAUGAUCAGAAGAUUAUACACCGCGACAUCAAGGGGGAGAACGUGCUUGUUAACACGUACAGCGGCGUGGUGAAGAUAUCUGACUAUGGCAACUCUAAGCGGCUGGCUGGCAUCAAGCAAACAGCAGAGACGUUCACCGGAACAUUGCAGUACAUGGCGCCCGAGGUGAUCGAUGAUAGUGUUUGUGACUAUGGGUUGGCAGCUGACAUCUGGUCCUUUGGGUGUACCGUGGUCGAGAUGGCAACCGGUCAACCACCGUUCACCGAACUUGGCUCCACGCAUAAGAUUUUGUUCAAGGUUGGCUUCUACAAGAUCCAUCCAACCAUCCCCGAGGAGCUGUCCGAACGAGCCAAAACCUUCAUCCUACGUUGCUUCGUGGUAAACGUAGAUAAACGAGCCACGGCCGCCGGUCUGCUUGAUGAUCCAUUCCUUUGCAAGAUGAUUAAGAAGAUGCGUCCGUCGAUCAGCUGCAGUAACCCGAGCGGACCCAUUGGUGGCGGUGGCGGAAUGCCGCCAUCCGCCUUUUCCGAUUACGAAUUUGGUCACAGCGUUAACAUGCCUGCGGACCGACACGACACGAAAACGCUGAGUUCACAGCAAAGCACAGUCAGGUUCAACACACCCACAAGCAGCACCGAGACAAAGAUCCCCACCGAAACACCAUCAUUGGAAAUCGAACCAGCAUCGGAGACUCCGAUCAUAGAAUCGGACCAGAAGGAGAAGGUGGCCCCGGUGGGUGAACCACCGAACGACGACGACAACGACGAGAUGGGUGCUGGUGAUGGUGACGCCGUCGAUGGCAGUACAGCACCUGGUUGGCUUGGUGCGGCGAAGGGCGAAGCUCACGGCGACGGUGAUGGGAAUCCGCAUCCCCAGUCAAUGAUGCGGGAUGAUCACGUUAGUGCUCGCGGCACUUUGGGUACCACCAAGUACGUCUUCAGUGAUGACGACGACGACGAGGAUGAGGCUGACGGCGAGGAGGGUGCGAGCCGAAGCCAGCUCAUCGAUUCGUCCUGCAUCGACUCCAUUGCCACCGGUACCGUCGCCCGGACCACAAAGCGAAACAUAGCACUGAAGGGGGAAAACAUGAGACUGAAGAAGUGUGUCGUGGAAUCUCAGUACCGAGCGUACCAAGCCACUUUCCAGCCUCAUCAACACCAAGAGUGCCAUAAGGAUGAUACAGAAGAGACUAUGCCCAGCGACAUGGAGGUCGACAAACAGUGA